UUGCUUCCAUGAGUGCAACUGGGGAGGAGCAGCGGCGGCGGCGGCGUGUGCGCGGGCCGAGGAGGCCGGGGGGUUAUACAGGCGGCAGUAGCAUCGGCUGCAUAAACGCGCUGCUUGUGCUACUUGUACGCCGGGCUCUCCAGCGAGCCUGGAAGAAGUCUGCAAUAUUGCAUGGUGGUGGUAGUGACGGUCCACAUUCCUCAGCUUUCUCCGCCGCCGCUGUCGCUUGCUGCCGCUGCUGCUGCAGUGCAUCUCGCAUCAACAGAUGUCGUGACGCUCAUGCAAAAAGCGCGGAAAGGAGCAUCCACACAGCUACGCGAGCUGCAGGAGCCCAUCGAUGCAGGGAACCCCAGAGCUCGGGAAAGGGCUCCGUUGAAAUGCCCCAUACGGGGGCAGAUCAUCUCGAAAUGCCGUGAAGCCGAAUAUGAUUGUCCGUGGUUGCAAUGCAGCACUGAGACGUUGGGUUUUUUAGCUUGCCAGUGUGUUAAAUCCAGAUGCAACUGACUUCAUUCCAAGAGACAGGCAAGCUUUCAGUCUGAACUGGAAUAGUCAAUCCAGAUUGGAAUCAAAUCGGGACAGAAAUGCUAUACCACCUUCUGUUCACCCUAGACACAGUAAAUAUGAAAAUUCUCCUGUAGAUCAGCAUACUUUUUAUAGUCUAGAGAGUCAGCAUAGAAGCCAACCAGAUUCUUCAUUGUUCAACAGUAUGGGUAAAACAAAGGGCCGCAACUUACACAGUCAGCGAUGGCUGAGAUCAAGGAAUGAUAGAACACAUGGCAGAAAUCAGGCAAAGCAGACAAAUGCAGGGAAUUCAGAAGAUCCUCAAUGUUUAGAUGGCAGAUUGAUUCAAGGACGAAGGAUGAAUCCAAGAGAAUACAGUGAUUUUUCUUCAGACAGUGAAAAAGAGGCUGCUACUGCAGAUAACAGAGGAGCAAAGCCAAAGAAGACAUAUUUGAUGCAUUCACGUGGAAGAGGGUUGAAGGAAAAGGAGAAACAUCCUCCUGAAAGGGAUAAAAGAGUAGUUUCUAAAUGGAAGGACAAGCCCUUUGAAAAUAUACCAGCAAUAGAUCUUACACAGUCAGACUCUUCUGAUGCAUCACUUGGAAAAGCAAUAUCUGAUGGCUUUUCUGACAAUAGCAUUGCACGGAGAAAGUACCCUUUUGCCAACAGAUAUUUUAGGGAGCCUAUGUGGAAUAAAGAGACUGGCAAAAGGCAAGAUACAUCUAGGAGCAAACACGUAAAACAUGUUAAGAAUGCGUCCCUUCCGCAUCCUCCCAAAGAACGCACCAGUGAGAAGAGAGAAUCUGUGCUGCGCGAAAGGGGUUCAAACUUAGUGAGUGUGGCACAGGCACAGCCAGUACAGGAAUCAGGUACACGUGAUGGGAGAAAACCUGUCUUUCAAGAUGGAUAUAAAAGUAGGCGCUGGAAAAAGCAAAAUGAUGCACCAAAGAGCAAAGAAACUCAUACAGGGUCUCUGAUAGAGCAGCUUACCUCAGAAAAAUAUGAAUGCAUGGUAUGUUGUGAUGUGAUCCGUGUGGUGGCCCCAGUGUGGAGCUGUCAGAAUUGCUAUCAUGUAUUCCACUUGAGCUGCAUUAAGAAGUGGGCAAGAUCACCAGCAGCGCAGAAUGAAGAUGGUAAUAGUGGUUGGCGGUGCCCUGCUUGUCAAAAUGUUUCAUCCCAAGUUCCUAAUAUUUACACCUGUUUCUGUGGUAGGGUAAAAAAUCCUGAAUGGAAUCAAAAUGAAAUUCCACAUAGCUGUGGAGAACUCUGUAGAAAGAAAAGAUCAGCUCAAGACUGUCCACAUUUAUGUAAUAUACUCUGCCAUCCAGGACCUUGCCCAUCAUGCCCUGCUUUCAUGACCAAAAAAUGUGAAUGUGGACGCACAAGCCAUUCAGUUCGCUGUGGGCAUUCUACUGCAAUUCAGUGUACUAACAUAUGUGGGAAUGUUUUGAAUUGUGGUACACAUAGCUGUACCCAGAUAUGCCAUUCAGGAAAAUGCCAGCCGUGUGAAAUGACUGUAAAACAAGUGUGUUACUGUGGGAGCACCUCUCGAGAAGUGUUGUGUGGGACAAGUGAGGAUCAUUUCUCUUGUCUGAGAACUUGUGGCAAAAAACUAUCCUGUGGAAUGCACAACUGUGCACAAGUAUGCCACCCCCAGUCUUGCCAGCCUUGUCCACGGCUUCCACAAAUAGUGCACUGUUGCCCUUGUGGGCAGACGCCCCUUAAUAAAUUAUUAGAGCUGGGGUGCACAGAACGUAAACUCUGCACAGAUCCCAUCCCAUCGUGUGGAAGAACAUGUGGAAAACCUCUGCCUUGUAGUAGCUUUGAUGCUGUUCAUACAUGCGAAAACCUCUGCCAUGAAGGAGAAUGUGGACCGUGUUCUCGCACAUCAAAGAUUUACUGCAGAUGUGCCUUAAAAACAAAGGAAGUUCCCUGUGCCUCACUCAAAAACCAAGUUGUAGUUGUGUUCUUGUGUGACAAGAGAUGCAACAAGAAGCUGUCAUGUGGACGACACAAGUGUAAUGAGAUUUGCUGUGUGGACAAAGAACACAAGUGCUCUUUGAUUUGUGGACGGAAACUCAAUUGUGGCAUCCAUAGAUGCGAAGAACCUUGUCAUCGUGGCAAUUGUCAGAAGUGCUGGCAGACUAGCUUUGAGGAAUUAACGUGUUACUGUGGUGAAUCAGUAAUAUACCCCCCAAUACCUUGUGGUACUCGACCACCAGAAUGUAAAAAUUCAUGUACUAGACCUCAUGAAUGUGACCACCCAGUGUAUCAUUCCUGUCAUAGUGAAGACAAGUGUCCACCAUGUACGUACCUUGUUCAGAAAUGGUGUAUGGGAAGACAUGAGCUGCGGAGCAAUAUUCCCUGUUACCUCACUGACAUCUCCUGUGGUCUUCCCUGUGAUCGAAUGUUAAAAUGUGGAAUGCACAAAUGUAAAAGGAUUUGCCACAAAGGGGAAUGCCUCAUAGAUGAAGAAUGCAGGCAACCGUGUACUAUUCUUAGGCUUCACUGUAAUCAUCCAUGUAUGUCUCCAUGCCACCCAUCUUUACCAUGCCCCACAACGUCUUGCAGUGCAAAGGUUGAACUUCAUUGUGAGUGUGGGAGAAGAAAGGAGACUAUGAUUUGUUCAGAAGCAUCAAGCACUUUUCAAAGAAUAGCUGCUAUUUCUAUAGCCUCUAAGUUAACAGAUCCACAUCACGGAGAUUCAAUAGAGAUCAGCAAAUUGAUUACCAAAAAGGAAAUGAAGCAAACCAGGCUGCAGUGUGAUGAUGAAUGUUUGGCUCUUGAAAGAAACAGGCGGUUUGCUGAGGCUCUUCAUAUUGAUGACAGUUCUGAUCCUUUUAAUGUCCGUGCCUCUGUACCCAAGUACAGUGAUAGCUUGAAAGAGGAUGCAAGGAAAGAUUUAAAGUUUGUCAGUGAAGUUGAGAAAGAAAUGAAAGCCCUUGUAGAAGCAGUAAAUAAGAGCAAGCAUACAAAGAAGAGCCAUUGCUUCCCACCCAUGAACAGAGAACACCGCAGAAUCAUCCAUGAGCUUGCUCAGGCUUACGGCAUAGAGAGUGUGAGCUAUGAUAACGAACCAAAGCGCAAUGUUGUUAUCAGUGCGGUGAAAGGGAAAUCUGUUUGCCCAACAGUUACUCUGACUUCACUGCUUACCAAGGAAAGGCAGACGAGGCCCCCACCACCUAUUCCUCAUCACAAACAAUCAGAAAAGCACGGGAAUAGCAGCACAGAGAGAGGAUUCAAAGAGGAGCCUGUGAUUGACUACUUUGAUGUACAGGACUGAAAAAAUGAAUGUGAAAUUUGUGCCGUUGAAAAGUGGAAGUUAUGCUACCAAUCAUUUUUUCCGUUGAAACGCUUUGUACUCAGUGUAUUCAAAGUACAUCCUGGAAACAGCAGAUGAAAAGAAAUAGCUUGUCAUUCUUUAACCCUCUGUGUGUGUGUAACCAGCUUUGGGGUGGGGGGGAACGAACAUAGAAUGUAAGUGCAAGUUGUCUGUACGUCUCAACAGACUGCAUCUGACACUGCAAAACCUGUAGUGGUUCGUCAGGACAGAAAAAUGCAACAAGUUGGCAUCUAAGGUAAUCUGCUAUAAAAUAUAAACAAAUUAUAUCUCCUCUGUAAGGUAAACUUUUUGUCUGGGUAUAAGGCACAAUGAAACAAUAGCCCUAUGCAAGCUGUCUCCCCUCACUCAUGUAAAAUUGCACCCACCUUUUGUGAUUGGCAGCCCUGCCCUCUGCCAUCCAUGUGCUGGGGAGAGCUCCGAAGCAGGAAGCUUGUUCCGUGGUUAUAGGCUCCCUGUAUGAUCAGAAACACCCUGCGCAGUCAGGUCCCUAAAUCAUUCUGGGAGUAUAAACCUAUAGGGCUGGCUCUUUGUUUUAGACCUCCCCCCAACUCCAGCUUUUAAAGUUUUCAGCUUAAGGAAACAAGUUAAUUGAAUUUGUGAAGUACAAAAUUAGGGAUCCCAGCUAUGCUGAUGUAUCCAGAUGAAAUGAUGAAUGCCACCUUUUCAGUCAAAGCAUUACAAGGCAUAGUCCCAUAGCAAUUUGAACUUUGUGCAGCCUAGAAACAGUAGGAUUGGUGAGUCAGUAAGUUUAUACUUUUUGUAUCUAAACUUGAGUUGCCUUUGCCAGUCUAAUGCUGGAUAUAUUCAGGUGGUGAGUGUAUGGAGCUGGGGAUUUUUUAUGUCAUCUGUAGGUUCCUUUUUGGGUUUUUUAAUGGAAAUGAGCUUAUCGGUUAUUCUUCAGUUCGGGUAGCAUGUAGCCUUAUGCUUUGCGUGUAGUGGUGACAAAUAAUAAUAAUAAUAAUAAUUAUUUGCAUUUUUAUCAGUGGUCAGACAGCAAUUGAAUAUGGUUACUGCACUUGAAAUGAACUAUAAAGCCACCUUAUUGUUUCUCCUCCUUUUCAUCUUUUCAAACUGUGACCCAUACAUUUCCUUAACAUUCUUCCUGCUUCGUACCCCUUCCUUUUGUGGACAGCUUCCAAGCUACAGGAGUGCCCACAUGGGUGCACCUUACUAAAAAUAAUAGUGUGUAAGAAUUUUAGAUGAGGGUACUGUUUAGUCAAUUUUACUUAAUUCGUACCCUGCUUUUCCAUUAAAUACAGGUGAAACUCGGAAAAUUAGAAUAUCAUCGAAAAGUGCAUUUAUUUCAGUAAUGCUUUGGAAAUUCCACAGUAAUAAAACAAAGUUACAAUAAUACAAAAAUAAACAUAGUUAUUACAUUUCAUUAAUUACAUUCCAUUUAUAAUUGACCUGCCUAACGACUAAUAAUUACAAUUACAACAAAUAAAGGCUUGACAUAUCUUGCUUUGCAUUUCAUGCAUCUAUCUCAUACAUUGGUUUCACCUUUUAAGUUGUGUUACUGAAAUAAAUGCACUUUUCGUCAAUACUCUAAUUUUCUGAGUUUCACCUGUAUGUGUAAUAGCAUUUUAUCAGUAUGCAGGGGAAUCCUGAAGUGGCUUGCACUAUCUGUAUAUGCCUUGUGAACACGUGCAAGUUUCCAUUCUUGGUGCAUUAUGAUUUAAAUUAG